GAGAAAUGUUUAACAUCCUUCACUCGCUUCUGUGUUCGUUUCUCUCGUAACCGUAGUGGCCUACUUCUGUUUCAUUCUGAUUAUCUCCAGAAUCUAGUCACUAAAUAGGAAAUGCUACUAUAAUAUAAUAUACUAACUCAGAAGGAUUCUAAGGAGAGAUUUUGAAUGGUUUCAUGAUUUUGAUGGUAGACUAAAUCCCAGUAUACAAUUUAGUAAAGAAAGUAUGUCGACUGUAAGAAUGGUUAAUGGAAUGUCAGAGAGCAUUUUAAUGGUGUCGAGAAACAGUGGAAUAUAUCAAUCCAAUAGUUUAUGUAGAAGUAGAAGCGAUUCUAACUUAAUGAACAACACCCAGCUUUACGCCGGGUUAGGAAGACAAUGUAUUUGGCCUAAGGAUAUAUCGAGAUUGUUCUUGACAAGUCAACCAAAAAGACCAAGGCAAAGGAGUUUAAAAGCUGAAGCUGGAUGGUUUGGUCGGGAAUCUCGGGAUGGAAAAAAGAUGGGUGCGAUUUCAGAGAGAAGCGAGACUGCUAAUGAGGACAUUUUGAUUUUCUUUUUUCAGUUGGAUUUGGCGACUCGAGCACAGUGUGCAUUGAAUAUGGAGCAGUACGAAGUUGCACAGCAAUUUAGAAACAAGCUAGCCGAGGUUGAAUCAGAGGUCAUCCAGCAGCGAGAAGCUAAAAGUGGAUCAACCUCGAAGGGUGAAGCUCAAGAUAAGGCCAUAAGUAUUUUACGUCUACGUUCAAACCUGCAAAAAGCAAUUGAGAAUGAGAACUAUGUUUUAGCAGCUGAAAUUCGAGAUCAGAUUUCCAAUUUGGAGACGGAGUCUCUGGCUGCAUCAGCGAAAGCUUUGGCUUUUGAGAAUGUGCAAUAUGCUUUUCGACUAGGACAGAAAGUUAGACAUAAAUUGUUUGGCUAUCGAGCUAUCAUCUGUGGGAUGGAUCCUGUUUGUUGUGAAUCUAGUUCUUGGAUGGAGACUGCUAAUGUUGCAAAAUUGGUUCAAGGGUCUAAUCAGCCGUUCUAUCAGUGCAGGUCUUGGUUGAUGUACGGGCAGACCCAGAUCUACUCGUCGCUUAUGUUCCCGAGGAAAAUUUGUUGGCCCCUGAUAAACCAGACAUGGGUAGAUUUGACCACCCCUAUAUUUCCUUCUUAUUUUACGGAGUUGAUACAGCAGGAGACUUCAUCCCCAUAAAGCAGCUGCGUGAAAAGUACAACAGGCCACGCCAUGAAGUGCCUAUAGAUUCAGAGGAUGAGGAAGGUGACAAAGACGAUACCUGAUUUUUCGUUGGAGCGGCAUUUGGUCAGAGUGGUUCAAAUGCUGAUUCUCCUGCGGUGCAGUUAAUGGAACUGUUUCCAUCAGACAAUCCAAUUUGGACAUUAUUAGAGAACUGAUGCAUUAUCUCUUUUUUUGUAUAUAAUCUUUAUGAACCCAGAUAUGUUAUAUAUUCAGAGAUGAGACGAUUCCCUCUCAUUGGCCUUCUUGAUCUUGUUUUUUUUUUGUUUUUACUGUUAAAUAGUUACACAACUUUGGAAUCGACAACAGUGGGACAGUGUAAUCUGAAAGUCUGCCUGAUUAUCUGA